AAUAUCCUCGUUAUAUACAACAACGAACGAACACACGAUUUUUGUUCGCCGAUUUUCUUUCGUGAAUUUCUAUCAAUCAAAUAAAAAAAAUUUUCAUAAUGGAAAAACAUUCAUCAAUCAUUAUCAACGAAGAAGAUCUGGCACAUGAAGAAGAUAUACUUCGAAAUUCUUAUUCAAUUUCACAUUGGUUACGUUAUAUUGAUCGUAAAAAAGAUUCAUCAUCAAACGAUAUUGUUAAUUUAUUAUAUGAAAGAGCUUUAAAAUUAAUGCCCGGUAGUUAUAAGCUAUGGUAUGGUUAUCUAAAACUUCGUAUCAAACAAACCAAUUCAUUAUCAAUAUUAGAUCCAAUUGUAAAUGAAACAAAUAAUUGUUUUGAACGUUCGCUAGUUUUUAUGCAUAAAAUGCCUCGAAUAUGGAUUGAAUAUUUACAAUUUUUAAUGUCACAAUGUGAUUUGACACGAACACGUCGAACAUUUGAUCGUUCAUUACAAGCAUUACCAAUUACACAACAUAAUCGUAUAUGGCCACUGUAUUUGAAAUUUGUAAAAUCACAUAAUCUACCUGAAACAUCGAUUCGUAUUUAUCGUCGUUAUCUAAUGUUAUUACCUGAAGAAGCUGAAGAUUUUAUCGAUUAUCUUAUAUCGAUUGAACGUUGGGAUGAAGCUGCAUUGAAAUUAACCGAAAUUGUUAAUGAUGAACAUUUUGUUUCCAAACAAGGACGAUCUAAACAUCAAUUAUGGACUGAAUUAGCUGAAAUUCUUUGUCGUCAUCCGGACAGAAUUCAUUCAUUGGAUGUUGAUGCAAUUAUACGUGAAGGAAUUAAACGUUAUGUUGAUCAACAGGGAAAAUUAUGGAUUAGUUUGGCUGAAUAUUAUACCCGAAGUGGUUUAUUUGAUAAAGCACGUGAUAUUUUUGAAGAAGCAUUGGCCAGUAUUAAAACUGUUCGAGAUUUUUCACAAAUUUUCGAUGCUUAUACACAAAGUGAAGAAAAAUUGAUACAAGUACGUAUGAAUCAAUCGAAUCUAAGCGAAGAAGAUGAAAUUGAUCUAGAUUUACGUAUGAUCCGAUAUGAAGAUAUUAUUGAACGUCGGCCAUUAUUAUUGAACAAUGUAGCAUUACGACAAAAUCCACAUAACGUAGAAGAAUGGUUAAAACGUGUAAAAUUAUUGGAAAAUAAACCCACCGAAAUUGUUGAUGUUUAUAGUGAUGCUGUACAAACAGUACAGGCAAAACAUGCCAUAGGUAAAUAUUAUUUAUUGUGGGUAAAAUUUGCACAAUUUUAUGAAGCUAAUGGCCAGUUGGAAGAUGCUCGUUUAAUUUUUGAAAAAGCCGUUACAGUUGAUUAUGUAAAAGUUGAAGAUCUUGCUAAUGUUUGGUGUGAAUAUGUUGAAAUGGAAGUACGUAAUAAUAAUUUUGAAUUGGCAUUAAAAUUAAUGCAAAGAGCCGUUUCAGUUCCAUCGAAGCGAUCAACAUCUUAUUAUGAUCAAUCGGAAUCGGUACAAAAUCGCUUGUAUAAAUCAUUGAAAAUAUGGUCAAUGUAUGCUGAUUUGGAAGAAAGUUUCGGUACAUUUGAAUCAACCAAAGCUGUUUAUGAUAAAAUUAUUGAAUUGAAAAUCGUUACACCACAAAUGAUCAUUAAUUAUGGACUGUUUUUGGAAGAAAAUGGCUAUUUUGAAGAAUCAUUUAAAGCAUAUGAAAAAGGUAUUGCAUUGUUUCGUUGGCCAAAUGUUUACGAUAUUUGGAAUACAUAUUUAACAAAAUUUUUACAACGUUAUCGUGGUUCAAAAUUAGAACGUAUACGGGAUCUAUUUGAACAAUGUUUGGAAUAUUGCCCUUCGAAAUAUUGUAAACAUUUUUUCUUUCUUUAUGCAAAAUGUGAAGAAGAAUAUGGUUUGGCUAGAAAUGCAACCACUAUUUAUGAUCGUGCAACGAAAAAAGUACCAUCGAAUGAACGAAUGGAAGUUUUUAAUAUAUUUAUUCGUAAAGUAGCCGAAAUGUUUGGUGUAACACAUACAAGAUCAAUUUAUGAAAAAGCUAUUGAUAUGCUACCGGAUUCGGAAGCACGGGAAAUGUGUUUAAAAUUUGCCGAUUUGGAAAGGAAACUUGGUGAAAUUGAUCGUGCACGUGCUAUUUAUGCACAUUGUAGCCAAAUUUGUGAUCCACGUACGGCCACCAGAUUUUGGAAUGCAUGGAAAGAUUUUGAAAUUAAACAUGGAAAUGAAGAUACAGUUAGGGAAAUGUUACGAAUAAAACGUUCAGUAAUGGCUACAUUUAAUACACAAGUAAAUUUUAUGUCAGCACAAAUGAUAGCAUCAGCUUUUCAUCAACAACAAGAUAAUAAAGAAUCGACGAAUAAAAUGAAUGAUUUAGAAAAUCUAGCACAAGCUAAUCAAUCGGAUGGUUCGGAAAUAAUUAAAAAUUCUGUACAAUUUGUUAAAUCUGAUUCAUCAACGGUGAAUAAUGGUGGUAAUCGAGUGAAUGAUAUUAUUGUCAGCUCGGAUCAGGCUAAUCCUGAUGAAAUAAACCUCGAUGAUGAUGAAGAUUUGGAUGCCGAACAAAGUGAUGACGAUGAUGACAAUGAUGAUGAUGAUGAUGAACAACAAUCAUCGUCUAAGAAAACUAAAUUGUCAGAGAUUGAACAGAAAAUGGUUCCCAAAGAAGUUUUUGGAAGUUUACGUAACGACGAUGAUGAUGAUGAUGAUUGAUUAUUUUUGUUUGAAAAUUUCACCCAAUUCAUUGUAUAACAACAUAAAUUCUUGUCGUUCUUCUUCUUCUUGAUUAACAAAAUCAAUAUUUUUUAAUUUUUCAAUAAACAAACGAAAUUCAUUGAUUAAAUGAUUUUCAUUUUUCAUUA